GUGAUGUCACACAGUGUGACGUGUAUCCUCGGAAAACUCAAAACCACCACCUCUACACCGUUGUUAUUGUUGCUUAUUUGGACUUUUAGGGUUACACUUAUUCGGGGAGGGGGGAUUAUAAACUCCCGCUUGACCGAAAACAACCCCCCUUUCAGGUAGAAAGUGUCCCAUUAGGGUAAGACAACUUCCCGGUGCUUUAAGAGGUCCCCCCCCCCGCCCCGGUCCGCUGUCUCCUUGCCAAGCAGCUUAUGGAUGCGCGGGUUUCUGAGUUGUUUGCCUUAGAAAAUGGACACGACUGCGGCUGCUCUAGGACUGAAGUGAACCCGGGGAAUGGUUACGGACAGAACCCCGCAACCAAAAGAAAGAAGAAAAGACCAAUCGCGCGUCACUUUCGCAGUUUUAAACCGAGCCACAACACCACCACAUAUCUUCCUCCAGAGGUAGAAGAAGGUAACAUAGAGUAUAAGCUGAAGCUGGUGGACCCUACACAAAGCCGUUUUGAGCACCUCGUAACACAAAUGAAAUGGCGGCUUCAGGAGGGUCGCGGCGAAGCUGUCUAUCAGAUUGGGGUUGAGGAUAAUGGUAUGUUAGUGGGACUGUCAGAGCAGGACAUGAAGGCGUCUCUCACCACCCUCCAUAAGAUGGCUGAGAAAGUCGGUGCUGAUAUCACCAUCCUUCGGCAUGCACAGGUGGACUACGACUCUGAUAAGCCUCUUACCAUUGCUGAAGUCUUAAUCCGUAAAGUGCCAGAUGACCAGCAGUUCCUGGACCUGCGAGUCGCCGUACUCGGUAAUGUGGACUCGGGCAAAUCGACUCUGCUAGGUGUUUUGACUCAAGGUGAACUGGAUAAUGGACGGGGAAGAGCGAGACUCAACCUUUUCAGGCACCUUCAUGAAAUCCAGACUGGCCGAACGUCGAGCAUCAGCUUUGAAAUCCUUGGUUUCAACAGUAAAGGGGAGGUUGUGAACUACAGCGAGUCUCGGACAGCAGAGGAAAUUUGCGAAAGCGCCUCAAAAAUGAUCACUUUCAUAGAUCUGGCAGGCCACCACAAAUACUUGAAGACCACCAUCUUUGGAUUAACCAGCUACUGCCCUGAUUUCGCCAUGCUUGUUGUCGGAGCAAAUACUGGCAUCGUUGGCACGACGCGAGAGCACCUGGGCCUGGCCAUGGCCCUGAAGGUGCCCAUCUUCAUCGUUAUCAGCAAAGUGGACUUGUGCACGCGGGCCACUGUGGACCGAACGGUGCGGCAGCUGGAGCGACUCCUCAAGCAGCCGGGAUGCAACAAGGUGCCCAUGGUUGUGGCCAACACAGAUGAUGCUGUCGCCGCCGCGCAGCAGUUUGCCCAGUCGCCCAACAUUACACCAGUCUUUACUGCAUCCAGCGUGUCCGGAGAGAACCUGGACCUGCUUAAGGUCUUCUUCAACAUCAUUCCUCCGCUUAGCAACAGCAAGCAACAGGAAGAGCUCAUGCAGCAGCUCACUGAGUUUCAGGUGGAUGAGAUCUACACGGUCCCAGAAGUGGGAACUGUGGUGGGUGGUACAUUGUAUAGUGGUAUUUGCCGCGAGGGAGACAAUCUGGUGGUUGGGCCCACAGAAUUGGGCCGCUUCCAUAAAUUGACUGUUGGGAGCAUCCAGCGGAACCGUUCUGCUUGCAGGGUGCUCCGAGCCGGACAGGCUGCCACUCUGGCGCUGGGCAACUUUGACCGCACGUUGCUGCGAAAGGGAAUGGUGAUGGUGAGUCCAGAGAUGGACCCAACCAUUUGCUGGAUAUUUGAGGCUGAGAUUGUGCUGCUCUUCCACUCCAAAACCUUCCACAAGGGCUUCCAGGUGACCGUGCACAUAGGCAACGUUAGACAGACCGCCACGGUGGAGGCUGUCUAUGGCAAGGAAGAGCUGAGGACCGGGGAGAAGGCAGGCGUCCAGUUCAAAUUCCUCAAACAUCCCGAGUACCUGAAGAUGGGGGCCAAGGUGCUCUUCAGGGAGGGCGUCACCAAGGGCGUUGGCCACAUUACCAAGCUGCAUCCCAUCGCGCGCUAUCGCCAUGACCCGGAAAGCGACGAAGAUGACGACGACGAUGACGACGACUAGAAAUUCAGCAUGCUCACGUCCCUUAAAAACAAGUGCAGUUUUACUUUUUUUUUUAUAAUGGACAAGCUUCUACCAAAGGCCAGUCUACACUCUUUUCCUCACCUGUGUAACUUCAAGAUGCUCGUGAAGCUAAUAGAAUAUAGUCUGACUGACACACACACGUUCACCAGAUCAUCGUAAAAUCAAAUAACUUGUUCACACUUAGCGCUGAAUGAUUAAUGUGGAGGAACAAUGAGUUAGGUGGAAAAAACAUAAGCAACGUGGAAACUGAUAACAGCAUAAGAAAUCAUAUACUAGACAUACACAGCUUCCAAAAUAUUAUGAUUUCAGUAAAAUUUUAUGUCCGUGAACUAAAAAAAACUUGGAGAGAACCCAACAUUAACAUUUCCAUAUGAGUGCUUUUAGGAGUUAUAACUGGCACUGAACCUGAAACUCACCCCCAGGAGUGAAUGGGGUCAAAUUUACACCUCAGUUAAACCCUGGCACACACUUAGGGGUCAGUGUUAAAACAUACGCAGCAGCAAACAUUUUAACAGAUGGCGUAUACAUCACUGAUGUUACUGUGAAACAUAAAUGCAUACGGCGACUUUUCUUGUCCUAGCUGACUGAUCAGACUGAAGACUGUUGAGGGGGCGCAUGUAGAUCACAGUAUGAGGACAAGGGUUGUAGUGAGGAUAUGGUAAUAACAUAAGAAGUAGCCCACUAAGACAGGCCUUGCAGUGAUAAUGAAUGUUUUACUAUCUAAGCCUCGCUUAGAAGAAAAAAUUAAAACCAUUGGUGACCUAAAUAUGAAGUUUGUUUGAAUUCCAAGCCAUGUUUUCAAGGUAUUUGCUACAGGAUCUUGAAGUUACUGAUGUCACACACACAUACAUAAACAGUGCCUGAUGGAAGUGCCUUCCAACAUAACACGAGUCAUUCAUACUCUUAAAAAAAUAAAAAACCUCAAAGUUGGUGCUACCAAAUGCAAAUAUAUGUAUCAAAACAUAAGACUUAAGUACUGCUCCAAACCAAGACUGCUGUGGGCCUUAUAAUAACUUUUUGACGGUCUUAACUUUGUAACCGCCGCACUGUCACAUUCAUUUCACACAUUCACACCCCACUAUCAUUGUGUUGUUUGUAAAGUACAUAUUUCAGCUAUCGUAUCUGCUUUUACAUUUUUUUCCUCAGGUGUUUUUCUAGUAGUUUUUACAAUUUGCAAUCAAACUUUUUCGAGCUUUCUGAUUUGUUUAUCACUGUUAUGAAUGAAAAUAUGUACAGAUCCAAUUGUUGUAUUGUGUUUGUGAGUAAAUCUUUAUCCUGUU